CCCUGCUCUCUGAUUCGCCGCUCGGGCCAGCCCCACAGACUGCACGCUGAUUGGCUGUGCCGCUACCUACCUCGGCCUCUGAUUGGCUAUGUGGCGCCGCCCCGGCGUGAUAGGUCAGAACCACCGCCCCCUGGCUCCCCAUUGGCCGUUUGGCGAAGCCCGGUCUCCGGGUAAGAUGGCAGCGGACGGACAGUGCUCGCUCCCCGCUUCAUGGCGGCCGGUGACCCUCACCCACGUCGAAUACCCUGCAGGUGAUCUCUCUGGCCACCUCCUUGCCUACCUGAGCCUCAGCCCUAUUUUUGUCAUUGUUGGUUUUGUGACCCUCAUCAUAUUUAAGCGGGAGCUCCACACGAUUUCGUUCCUCGGGGGCCUGGCACUGAAUGAGGGGGUCAACUGGCUGAUCAAACACGUCAUCCAGGAGCCUCGGCCCUGUGGAGGUCCCCACACAGCAGUGGGCACUAAAUACGGAAUGCCCUCCAGCCAUUCCCAGUUUAUGUGGUUCUUCUCCGUCUAUUCCUUCCUUUUCCUAUAUUUAAGAAUGCACCAAACAAAUAAUGCCAGGUUCCUGGACUUGCUGUGGAGGCACGUGUUGUCCCUGGGGCUCCUCACGUCUGCCUUCCUUGUUUCCUACAGCAGGGUCUACCUGCUGUACCACACCUGGAGCCAGGUCCUCUAUGGGGGCAUUGCUGGAAGCAUCAUGGCCAUCGCUUGGUUUGUCUUCACCCAAGAGGUCCUCACCCCACUGUUCCCCAGGAUAGCAGCUUGGCCCAUCUCUGAGUUCUUCCUAAUCCGGGACACAAGCCUCAUUCCCAAUGUACUCUGGUUUGAGUACACAGUAACCCGGGCAGAAGCCAGGAACAGACAGCGCAAGCUGGGUACAAAGCUGCAGUAACUGGUGGAUGUGGCUGGUCCAGCCUCCAAACCUGGCCUGCGCCAUGCCUUGCAGGACGGACAGAGUGAUGGAUGAGGGUUGAAGCAGAGACCUCUACAGACCCAAGUCACCAAGUGGAGCCUUUUUUUUUUCGUAUUUUAAUUUUAAUGGACAAGGUGGACCCAAGGGCUGAGUCAUGUCCUCAGCCAGGACCCUGGGAGGGCCUGCUGCCUGGGGCUACAUGGCCAGGGACCCUGGCUCUACUGCUGCCAGCCCCAGAGUGGGUGGAAGUGCUCUUGGUGUGGGCCCCGGGGUGUGGGUAGAGCAUGGGGCUUGCACCUCUGGUCUUGGAGCCAGGAAUUCCAGGGGGUGGGAAAAGUAUACACUAUUUAUUUUUUGUUUUUGUCAAAGGCAGAUAGGAUUUUGGAGUUGGGGCUGAAGAGCCUGCUCCGCAGUGGCUGCCCUGUGUACAGAGGGGCUCAGGCCAGCACCCAGGCCCUUGUUGGGGCAGCCUGCCUCCCCCUGGGGCUGGGGCAGAAGGAGUAAAGCACCACCUGUGCUCCCUGCCGUUACCAUUCCAGAACCUCGUCAGUGUUUGUCUGGGGACAGGACCCAGAGCCAGCACCCUAGUGGCUGCUGUCACUGUGUCCUUCCCUCUCUUAACCCAA